AUGUUACCCGUGCAAAUUCUGAGCGACAGUGCCCAAGAGGAACGUGAUGAGACGGCACGGUUAUCGACUUUCGUGGGUGCGAUCGCGAUUGGAGACCUGGUCAAGUCAACUCUGGGGCCGAAGGGAAUGGAUAAGAUACUGUUGAGUGGAGAUGCGGAACGGCAGAACGUGGAGGUGACGAAUGACGGUGCAACGAUCCUGAAGUCGGUGGGUGUGGACAAUCCGGCGGCAAAAGUGCUUGUGGAUAUAUCGAUGACGCAGGACGCGGAGGUCGGAGACGGCACAACAUCGGUGGCGGUAUUUGCUGCGGAGCUGCUGCGUGAAGCGGAGAGAAUGGUGGCGAUGAAGAUACACCCGCAGGUGAUUAUUGGAGGCUAUAGGAAGGCACUGCUCAUGGCACAGGAGGCACUCCGCAAACACGCGAAGGCAUCGACCGGGUUAGUUUUGACUGCUUUUGGUAGUAAUAUAUAG